AAACUCGGAUCUCAUUCUUCUGUUCACAAAUGUCGCUGUUUCUGUUUCUGUUUCUACACUCACUACCUUUUUGCUAUGCACUCGAAAAUGACAAAGGCUGAAGGAGAUUAAAUUGAUGAACUAAUCAGAAAUCGAUGUCAAUGUAAAGGUGAAAAAAAGCAAAUUGCCCAAAUCGCGAAGAUGAGAAACGAGGUGGUGGUGGCGGCGGCCGUGACAACGGCAGCGGCAGUGGUCGGCGUAGCUUUACUGUUGAGGCACUGGAGACAGCGCAGCGAGCGGCGGUUGAGGCACGCGCAGAGGAUCCUUCGCAAUUUCGCGCGGCGCUGCGCCACUCCGGCGGCGAAGCUUUGGCAUGUCGCCGAUGAAUUGGCCGCCGAAAUGGAAGCCGGCCUUUCCUCCGGCGAGAGAGGCGGCAACCUCCGCAUGCUUGUCUCUUACGCCGCACCACUUCCCACAGGAGAAGAGAAAGGAACAUAUUAUGGGAUAAAUCUGAGAGCAACGAAUUUUGUUAUAGUAAGAGCAACACUUGAUGGCAAAAACGAACCACUCAAUCAACUACUCAAACAAGAGGUUCCGAUUCCUCCGUCUCUAAUGGCUGAUGCUGAAUCUUCCAAGGAAUUAUGUGAUUUGAUUGCCUUUGAGCUGGCGAAAUUUAUUUCAGUACACAGUGAGAGCACAGAUAAUAACAAGGGUGAAACAGUAAAAAGAUCAAAACUGGGAUUUACAGUAUCAUCAUUUCCAGUAGAUCAUCAAGCUCCACCGUCUGCUGCCAUCGCCAUCAAAUGGACCAAUUUACCCUUCAACGACGCAGCUCGGAAGGAAUUAGCAACUGAAGUUAACCAGGCAUUGGAAAAGCUCGGGCUAGACUACUUGCGCGUUUCUGAAGUUGUGAAUGAUACUAUUGGUGAUUUGGCCGGAGGAAGAUAUUACAGCAAAGAAAGUGUGGCUGCAGUGACUUUAGGAAUCGGUGGCACAGAUAUCGCCUACAUCGAAUGUCCUCAACAAAUUUCAAGCCCAGUAAAAGAUUCAUCAAAAUCCAAUGAAACAGUUAUUAAUAUGCAAUGGGGAAAUUUCAGUUCCUCUCAUCUCCCAUUGACAGAGUACGAUACAUCCUUAGAUGCUGAAAGCAUUGACCCUGGAGCCCGGAUAUUUGAGAAGCUUAUUUCAGGCAUGUAUUUAGGAGAGAUUGUAAGAAGGGUAUUACUUAAGAUGGCCCACGAAGCGGCCUUAUUCGGCGAUUCUGUGCCUCCUAAACUAACUAUUCCUUACUUAUUAAGGUCACCAGAUAUGGCUGCAAUGCACCAAGACACAUCAGAGGAUUACGAAGUAGUACAAGAGAAACUAAACGAAAUUUUCGAUAUAAACAAUUCGACACCGAUGGUGAGAGAAAUAGUGACGGAAAUUUGCGACGUUGUAGCGGAGCGUGGGGCCCGCCUAGUUGGAGCUGGGAUUGUGGGGUCUGUUAAAAAAAUGGGAAGGAUCGAAAACAGGAAGAGUGUGAUUAUUGUAGAAGGAGGGAUGUACGAGCGUUAUAGAAUAUAUAGAAACUAUGUGCAGAGCAGCGUGUGGGAAAUGGUGGGGAACGAGUUUUCGGAUAAUGUGAUGAUUCACCAUUGUCAUGGAGGCUCUGGUGCUGGUUCCGUCUUUCUCGCCGCCUCACAAACUGCACAUUCUUGAUUUUCUUUAUUAUUACAACUUUUUUUAAGGUGAUUUUAUGAUGUCUUUUGUUGGGGACCAUUUAAUUUUGGAUUAAUGAGCUGUUAUUUGAUUAGCAAGUUAUUGAAGAGGAGAUAUUUUUUUUUGGUAU